ACUUAAAUCAGAUUUCAUAUAAUUUAAAAAAAUAAAAAUGGAAAAAAAAUGAAGGGCAUUAUUGUAAUUACACAAGGACCCCCGCCCCUUAAAUUCAAUGCCUGCUCACUCCCUCUGCCCAACACACCAGUUUCGCCUCCGUACGUCCGAAUCCCAAAAAACCUAAAAUAAAUGGACGAAUUUGCCCUCCGAACCCUCUCCCUCUCCUCUCUCCUCCUAGCCACCUUCACCGUCUACCUCCUCCGCCACAAGCUCCGGCCCCGCUCGCCGCCCUCCGCCACGACUCUUCCCUCUCCUCCACGACUUCCCCUCAUCGGCCACCUCCACCUCCUCACCGACAUGCCCCACCACGCCCUCUCCAACCUUGCCCUCAAACUGGGCCCCAUCUUCUCCAUGCAACUCGGCCGAGUCCCCGCCGUGGUGAUCUCCUCCGCCGCCCUUGCCCGCGACGUCCUCAAAACGCACGACCACGUCUUCUCCGACCGCCCGCAGCUCCUCGCCGCCCAGUACCUCUCCUUCGGGUGCUCCGACGUCACCUUCUCCCGCUACGGCCCGUACUGGCGGCAAGCCCGCAAGAUAUGCGUGACUGAGUUGCUGAGUCAGAAACGGGUCGGCUCGUUCGAGGUGGUCCGGGAGGAAGAGGUGAAUCGGCUGGUCGCCGGCGUGGGGGCGGGGUGCGGGGGGGAAGUGGACGUGAGCAGGAUGGUGUUUAGGGUGGCGAACGACGUGCUGUGCAGGGUGGCGUUCGGGAGGAGGUUCGGCGGAGAAGGAGGAGGAGGAAAGGGGUCGCUGGUGGGGGUGCUAACGGAGGCGCAGGUGCUGUUUGCGGGGUUCUGCGCUGGGGAUUUUUACCCGGAGUGGGAGUGGGUGAACUGGGUGAGCGGGUGUAGGAGGAGGUUGAGUAAGAAUUUGGAGGAGCUUAGAAGGGUUUGUGAUGAGAUAAUAGAGGAACACGUUAAUGGAGAAGGAAAGAGUAGUGAAAGGGGACGGGAAGAUUUCGUAGACGUUCUGCUCAGGGUGCAAAGUAGAGACGACCUGGAGGUGCCCAUCACCGACGAUAAUCUUAAAGCCCUUGUUCUGGACAUGUUUGUUGCUGGGACUGACACAACAUCAGCAACACUUGAAUGGGCAAUGACUGAACUCAUCACACACCCAAAAGCAAUGCAGAGAGCGCAAGAAGAAGUCAGAAAGAUGGGUUGCCAAGAAGGGAGACUCGAUGAGACCCUUCUCCAACACCUGCAUUACAUGAAAGCUGUGAUAAAGGAAACACUGAGGCUUCACCCACCAGCUCCUCUGCUGGUUCCUCGCGAAUCCAUGGAGAAAUGCACUCUUGAUGUGUACGAAAUACCAGCGAGGACUCGAGUUCUAAUCAAUGCUUAUGCUAUAGGGAGGGAUCCAGAGUCUUGGGAUAAUCCUCUAUUGUUCAAUCCUGAGAGGUUCAGUGAGAAUAACAUUGAUGUUAAGGGUCAAGAUUUCAGGUUUCUACCAUUUGGGGGGGGAAGAAGAGGCUGCCCUGGUUCAUCCUUUGGACUAGCAACUGUUGAAAUUGCACUUGCUAGGCUCUUGUACCAUUUUGAUUGGGCAUUACCAACUGGGGUUAGAGCCAGUGAUGUGGACAAGAGUGAAAUUUUUGGGCUAGCUACAAGAAAGAAAACUGCUCUCGUUCUCAUCCCAACUGCCUACAAAGGCCACGAGUUCAAGUGAUAUGGUGCUUCACGGUGUUUUCCUGAGCUUCUGUGUCUUUAUAUGUUGAUCUGUUCUGUACUAAUAGCUUUCAAUCAAGUUUAUGAAUUUGGAACUUAUAUAUACCUACCAGAGUUGCCAUGUGUGCUUCAUGCCAAUACAUGGUAAAAUUCUCAAAUUCCAACAAUUAAGAACUCUGAUUUGAAAUAUUUGAAAGGAGGAUAUACAAGAAAAAUCCUAAAUUGCCUCUGGAUGUAAAUGCUAUGAGAUUAAAAUUUU